AAAUAGGAAGAAGCAAGCACAAAACGUUUCUAAAAACACAAUAAAAUACAACCAUAGAACUAAGAUAUUUUGCUACGGUAAAUAAAAUCAAGGAAUAAUUUAAACCAAGUAGAAAAUAGUUGAAUAAAAUGACUACAGCUGCACGACCAACUUUUGAUCCCGCACGUGGAGGCAGCGGUCGUGGAGAGAAAGAUUUAAGUGCGCUUUCGAAACAAUAUUCCAGCAGAGAUCUACCAGGGCAUACAAAACUCAAAUACAGAGAAACUGGUCAAGGCACCUCAGAUGAGCUACGCAACCGUGACUUCCGCAAAGAAUUAGAGGAACGUGAACGCGAAGCACGUCCCAGCAAAGCUUUGCCGUCAAUUGUGCGUAAAGCAAUCGAAGCAAACAAUUCUGCAAAUAGUGGUGCAAGUGGCCCGAAACGAGCACGCGUUGAACAACCAGCAGCACCUGUGAAUUUAGAUGCUGACGAUCCGAUAGACAAAGACAGUUCCGAGGAGGAUUCCGAUUCGGAUGAAGAAGAUGACACUGCCGCAUUGUUGGCAGAAUUAAAUAAAAUUAAACAAGAACGUUUACAGGAAGAAGCGCGCAAAGAUCAAGAAAAGAAACAAGAAGAGGAGCGUAUACGAAUGGAGAACAUAUUAUCUGGCAAUCCGUUGAUCAAUUAUGCUCCAGGUACUGGCGCAACAGCGAGUAAAAAUUUGGGCAGUGAUUUGAAGGUGAAACGACGUUGGGACGAUGAUGUGGUUUUUAAGAAUUGUGCUCGCUCUGAACCGGAAAAGAAGACGCAUUUCAUUAACGACUCGCUACGCAAUGAAUUUCACAAGAAGUUUAUGGAUAAAUAUAUUAAGUGAUUUUUAAUUAUACAAUUUUGUAUACUAACAAAGUAAUAUAACAUUUUAAGCAAGUUCCAAUAUCUACUUCUCUGUUAGUGAAUAAAAUAAAUAAUAAAUAUGUAUAUCGGCAUUUCGAAAUUAUAUA